AUGAACCUUUGGAUAUCCGCCUCCGGAAGCGAAGAAAAGCUGAUUUUGAGUUGCGUACAGACCGUGGAACAACUUCUGCCGAGACAGUCACUGGACGGUGCUGAGAUUUCUACUGCUUACCAUUUCCUCCGCGAUCUACCGAUUUCUUCGUACCCUAGCCAAAGACCCGGUAUGCUCAUCGGUUUGAACAACCUUCACACCAUCGCACCAAUGGAAGCUAAAGUCGGAGAGCAAGGAGAGCCAAUCGCAGUACGGUGCAAACUCGGCUGGUCAAUUUACGGUCCUAUGGGAGGACAAUCGAAACGUCGGCAGAACUUCAUAGGGUAUCAUCACGAAAUCUCGAAUGAAGACCUGCACAACCUGCUGAAGGAGCACUACGCGGUGGAAGAAUCGGUAGUUGCUGUAUCACAGGAGUCGAAGGAUGAGAAACGAGCUCGGGAGAUCCUAGACCGAACAACGGUGCGCGUUGGCGAUCGCUUCGAAACCGGAAUGCUGUGGAAAACCGACAAUCCAAAGUUUCCGGACAGCCACCCCAUGGCAAUGUGCAGAUUAAGGCAGUUGGAGCAAUGGCUGCAGAGGACACCGGAGCUAUACGAGAACGUGAGAAAGCAGAUCGGUGAAUACCAGCAGAAGGGCUACGCACAUCUGGCGACGCCGGAAGAAUUGGCUACGUUCGAUCCCCAGGAGUCCUGGUUCCUUCCCAUCAACGUAGUGCUAAAUCCGAAGAAGCCUGCGAAGGUACGACUGGUGUGGGACGCAGCAGCAAUGGUGAACGGUGUCUCCCUGAAUUCCCAGUUGCUCACAGGUCCAGACAUGCUCACUCCACUUCCGGGUGUUCUAAAUCGUUUUCGAGAACGACCCAUCGGCUACGGCGGAGAUAUUCGCGAAAUGUACCACCAGCUACUGAUGCGAGCGGCAGAUAAGAAGGUACAGAUGUUCGUGUUCCGGAACUCACCAAACGAGUCUCCAAGCAUAUAUAUAAUGGACGUCGCAACGUUCGGAUCGAAAUGCUCACCGUGUCAAGCGCAGUACGUGAAGAACAAAAAUGCCAUCGAGUUUUCCAUGGAAUUUCCAGAAGCAGCAGCGGCGAUAAUAGAAAAGCAUUACGUCGAUGACUACUUCGACAGCGUCGAUACGGUCGAAGAAGCAAUCAACAGAACGAAAGAAGAACUGGGAGAGGUCAAGAAGGAACAGUCGGUGCAUUUCAACCGGGACAAGGAAAGCGGAAUCGAGCGAGUUCUUGGUAUUAUCUGGAAUUCUAGGCAGGACGAGUUUUCGUUUUCAACGGAGCAUCGGCAAGACGUGAGACCGUAUCUGAUGGAUGGCUUGCUCACACCGUUUACGAUCCACGGGAAAAUGGUGGUGCAAGAUCUGUGGCGCACGGGUUGCGAAUGGGACGACGCAGUAGAUGACAAGAGCUUCGAAAAGUGGGAACGCUGGACGGGUCUGUUGCCGAAGGUGGAAGACAUACGCAUACCUCGCUGUUACUUCAAAGACGUCCGCUCAUCUUCAAUCAACUCUCUGGAACUGCAUGUCUUCACGGAUGCAAGCAUUCACGCAUACGGUUGUGCAGCCUACUUCAUAGCAGUAAUCGACGGAAACGUGAAGUGUUCGCUGGUGAUGUCACGAUCAAAGGUAGCUCCACUAAAACUACAAUCGGUUCCACGUCUCGAACUGAUGACUGCUGUUCUCGGGGCCAGGAUGCUGCAUACGCAAUUCGUUGCUUUUCGAAUCGGCGAAAUACUGGAGCUGACUUCCACAAACGAUUGGAGGUACGUUCCGUCCGAUAUGAACAUCGCCGACGUCGUAACGAAGUGGGGACAAGGACCGCCACUAGAAUCAGAUGGUCCAUGGUUCAACGGACCGCAGUUUCUGUACGAAUUGGAGUCAGAGUGGCCUGAGCAGAAGAAAACGGUGUUCGACGUCCCGGAAGAGAUGAAAGCGUGCGUGUUAUUCCACGAAGCGUCGAAUUCCAGUCCUUUGAUUGAACGUCCACCUAGAAAGCCAAUCCUAGCGUCGAUAGCUGGACGCUACUUGGAGCCGGAAUCCAUCCGGUGGCCGCUUCUUCAAGAAGAGCUUCAAGCAGGAGAAAGGAUUCUUGUGAGACAAGCCCAGCAGGACAGCUUUCCGGAGGAGGUGAAGAUUCUGCAAAUCAGCUGUGAACGCAACGCAAGUCAAUCACCAGUACUCGUUGACAAGUCGAGCUGGCUCUACAAGCUGAGUCCGAUCAUAGAUGCUGACGGAAUCGUUCGAAUGGGAGGAAGAUUGGCGCUGUCGGAAGUAGUUCCUUUCGACAAGAAAUUCCCGAUAAUCCUUCCCAAGCGACACCAGAUCACAACCGUGAAAGACUGCAUGUGGUGUCGAGUCAACCGAUAUCAGCCACAAGUUCCGGUGAUGGCGCCGCUACCAGUUCAACGGGUAACGCCACAGUUACGCCCCUUCAGCUCGGUCGGAGUUGAUUACCUGGGUCCUGUAGAAGUGUUAGUCUGA